AUGUUGUCAGAGACAGAACGCUCAAAUUCACUUCUUUGGGAGAUUAAGUCCUAUGUCAAUGAUUCAAAGUUGAGAAGAGAUUGCCUCCUCCACGAUGGCGGCCAAUGUGUCGUCACCAAGUGGUUUGACAAGGGCUGGUUGGAGAAGAAGUUCUCUGGGCAGACGAUGCCUCAAGGCUGUCUUAGCACCCUAGCGUGCGUUCACAUCAUCCCGUUCUCGAGAAAGAAACCCGACGAGCGGAAACCGAUGGAUCUUCGCACGAACGCAAAGAUUUGGUGGCCGCUGUGGAGAUACUUCCCUGACCUCAAGGGGAAGAUCGGCCCCGACACAAUCAAUCAGACUGGCAACGCUUUCACGAUGCAGGCAAUAGUCCAUGGCGAUUUCGGGGACUUCGAAUUUGGUUUUGAGCAGCAGCAUGGUUCGUUUUGCGCAAGGAACCCCGCCAUCGGUCUGUUCAAAAACCACCCCGAAGUGGUAAAAUUCGCUUCUGUAGAUCUUGGAGUCGCGGAGCUACCAGACCCAGUCUUCUUGGACGUACACCACAGAGUAGGAGACAUACUUAUUAUAAGUCACUAA